GUGUUACAUUGUCUGUAUGGGCGACUCCAGUACUGUAUCGACGGCCGGCUUUGGUCCUCUAUGGGCUACCAUAGGAGCUGCUAAUCAAGUCAAUCAACAUAUCGGAUGUACUGCACGAACGGUGAAGCUAGUGUCGAGGAAACAGAUAUUUCUCAUACUGCCGGACCAGGAUGCUAGUGCUGGCUUAGAAGGGGGGAAGGCGGUCCGUAUCUUCCCCUGCUCGAUGAAUCCUCUAGAUAGCCUGCGUCAAUGGCAUGAUGAGGGAGAAGUCCCGGAAAAUGCAGUAGCUCUUUCUUGGGCGACUUUAUUAGGAAAGAUGAAGUCCCGCAAGGGGCGGGUGAAGGUUGAAGCCAAGGUUAUAGGCGAGGACGAUAGGAACGCCUGGUGGAUCAUGUCUGUUAAUAAGUUUGAGCCGGGGACGGUAUCGUUCUGUUGCAUGGAGGAGGAGUAUAGGAGCUACUAUAUACGGCAUAAUAACGACAAGAUAGAUGCUUGUAUAGAGGAGGUGGGUAGUGGUGGCUUCAAGCAAGCGGCGUCUUUCAACCUAUUGCUGCGGUCUGACUGCGAUCCGAGGGUGAAUCGAAAUGGCAGCAGCGUACUGAAUCUAUCGGUUGACCGUAGCAUACUUGAAGACAGUCAGGGUCCCGACAAGACCGUGGAGUCGCCGUCAGGAUCGACAGUAGAGGCGGAGCAAGAAUCUUCUAUCGGUGGCCUGUUGGAGUCGGGAAUAGUCGAUGACAGUCCGCUCCGCAGUCGGGUAGGCGAGAUAGAGGAGGAGGAGGACGGUGGUGGUGGUGGUCGGGAUGACGACACUGAUGUGUCCACACGCUCUCAGAAACGGACCCGAGAUGUGCGGUCUGUUCCUAAGAAGACUAGGGGGAAGGUUGGUAACGGCGAAGAGUCAACACCGGAGGCUAAGCCGAGUGACCCAAAAAGGAAGAGGCAUGACUCGUUAUCGGGGGCGAUGGCGGUGUUGGUGGUAUCGGGUAAGGUCGAUAGGAGAGGAGGAGCAGACAGGGGCGACGGCAACCGUCUAUCGACUGACAGUGUGUUCGGGCAUGAAGAGCGACCCCUGGCCCGACCUAGUGAAGCGCGUGAUAGCGUCUUCGACCUGACCAUCGAUCAUGAUGAGGCCCCCGACGUAUCUCGUAUCGAUCCUGCACCAACCUCGGCUGUCUUCGAGGAGCUCGAGGAAGUCCGUCGAGCCCUGAGUAUUGCCCUGGACAGAGACUUGGAGAGUCAAGAGGAGAUCAAGCUGCUGCGUAAACAGUUGGAAUCAGCGCGGAAAUCCAGCAAAGAGUCUCGGGAGCUGAAGCAACUACGGAAGGAGUUCGAGAAAGCUAAGCAAGGAUUCGAGCGGUCGGAGGCUGAAGCUCGAGAGAAGAUCAGGACCCUUAAACAGGAGCUGGUUCUCGAGUUGGAGGCUAAGGAUGAGGCACUGAAUCGUACUGAAGCCCUGGAGGAGAAGUUGGAGGAGAAGCAAGCGAGUGAGGAGGAAGCGACAUGCACUAUUAAGUCGCUCAAGAAGGAGCUGAAGCAAAAGACUGAAAGGCUGAGGGCACUGCAGCAGAAGCCGGACGAUGUGGCAACGACUGGUGAUGACGAGAGGGUCGCUGGGCUAGAGCAGGAGUUGGAGGAAGCGCAGAGGCUUCAGGCGGAGAGCCAGGAUGUUAUCAAGGCUCUCAGGACGGAGCUGGAGGAUGGAGAGGAUAGGAUGAAGAAGCUUCGGGAAGAGCUGGAAGAGGCGAAGGAGGCAGCAACGGAGGGCACCGGGACUCUACGGGACGAUCUGGAGGCUGCUGAAGAGGCGCGGAGCGAAAGUCAGGCGGCCGUGGUGGCGCUCGAGGCGGAGUUGGCGGAGGUGAAGGCGAAAGUGAUAGAGCUUCAGGAGGAACAGGAGGCUGCUGAUGCGAGGUGGCAGGAAGUACAGAGUGAGAAGCAGGCUAGAGAGGGCGAGAUCAACGAGCUGAAGAGAACCCUCGAGUCGCUGGAGAGGUUGCCCUUGGAAUUAGAGACAACGAAAACUGAGCGUAACAAGGCGCAGAUUGCGAUGUUCGGGCUAGAGGCGGAGAUUGAGGCAUUGAAGGAGCGCUUGGAGGGGAAGGAGAGGGAGAUGAAGACGAUGAUGGCGGAGAGCGUGAAUGGUAAAGAGGAAGGGACUAGCUUGAGAGGAAGUAACGUAGGGAAGCCUCCCUUGGCCGCUGCUGGUACCGAGAAGCCAGCUGUUAGUAGUAACAGGAGGGAGUCGAGAGAAGCCCGUAGUCGGUUGAGUCUAGAAAUGGACGAGGCGGUGGCGGGGCUGCUGGGCUUUGGUGGUGACUUGGCGGCUGUACCAGAGGGGUGUCCUAUCGCGGGUGACCAGAGUGUGGACAAGUACAAGCAGAUCAUUGUAGAGCUGCAGGAGAAGGUUAAGAAGCAAGAUGGAUGGUUGGACGAGUGCGAGUUCGACAUAUCAAAGUGGGAGGGUCGGUAUAGACACGAGCAAGAGGAGCAUGAGAGGACGUUGAGGAAGUACAAGGAGGCUAAGGAGGCACUAGAGAAGGCAGAGAAGGAGCGGACGGAGCUGAGAGCGGAAGCUCAGAGGCUGUCAUUGCAGUUGGAGAGGGUAUCGGAGGAGAGGGAGGCGGUUGAGAAAGCAAUGAAGGAGCUUGAGGCUGCUGGUGAGGGCGGACUAGGCGACGAGAGCGUUGUGACACUGGCUCCUUUAGUGGCAGUGAACAACGUAAAGCCCGAGAGCCGCACCACAUCUACUUCUACUAGUAUGUCGAUGAGGAGCCUUAUGUCUUACGAGCAGCGCUUCGAGGCGUUAAAGGUGGAGACUGCGAAAUUGAAACAAGAGGCUGAGGCCUUCGAGGGUAGUAAACGGGUGGUGGAGACGAGAGCUGAGAAUGCCGAGAAGAAGGUAGAGUUCCUGAAGGCUCAGAGGAAUGAGUUUGAGGACACUCUUGAGAAGCUGAUGAAGCAGAUGGACGUCAUCAGCGCAGAGAGGACGCGGCUACUGCAUGAGCUGUCGCUCGCCCAAGACGAAUUGAAGGCUCUGAAGACGGGCAUCGCGGGUGUGUCGGAUUAUAAUACUGCUAUUAAGGAGGCUAUGAGGGAUGCUCAGCGAUCAGCUCGUAGUGUCCACGAUAGGGGUGGUGAGGGACGCGAGGAUACUCCUCCAGAAUGUGAGAAGACUAAGGUUGGGGAGUUCGCGGUGACGGGAGUAACCCAGGAGGGGCGUGAGGAGGAAGGGCCGGUUAGAGUAGCAGAGAAGAGCUCCCCACAAGCGCCUCUCCAGGCCGCCGAGAGGAGCUCUCCUGUAAUCGACACAGUAAGGUCAGCUAAAGGGAAGCCUCCUGGUGGUGACGGUGCUUUGUCACCUUUGAGCGUCCGCAUGUCCGAGCUUGGACCAAUCCAGAGUAUGCAGCUCCACACUUGCGGUGUGAGUGAAUAUACAAUGUCAUCAGACUCUACUGAGGAGGAGCAGGAAGACAAGGAGAAUGUGGCGAUUGAGACUAUUGUAGAGGAGGCGGCCGAGACGGAGGACGUAGCGAAGGAACGGAGCCCCCUGAAACCGUCGAACUCUCAGCCGAAGAUAACGCCGUUGAAUCCCGGAGUAACACCAUCGAAGAUCGGCAAGCCCCGCAACCCUGGUGUUAUACCCGGCGCCACACCUCUCACUAUGUCGAAGCCUCACCGGGUGCGCCAGCUUGCUGAAGCGUUCACGGCGAGUGCGUGUGCGGCAGCUCAGUCGCCGAAGAAGCCCGUCGAGCUCUUCGUCAAACCUCGGAUCAAGAACCCUAUCAGCUUCCGUGCGUUGGGACGGUUGGACGGCAAGCCUAAUGACCACUGAAGGAGUCGUCCCUUCUCCAUAGGGGCUGUGAUAACCCAAUUCGAUGCAUGCAAGAAAUGAUGCUCAAUGAUCACGGUAUGAGAUUAUAAUUCCUUAU